AUGUUCUCCGUUAUCAUCUGUUACUUCAACGCUCUUCUAGCUAUUCUCGGAAAUGGCCUAUUAAUUUUAUUAAUCCUUCACAAGAGCCCUAGAUCAAUGGGUAAUUACAAAUAUUUGAUGCUCAUAUUCUCCACAUUCGGGAUUUUAUUUGCUAUCAUUGAUGUUACAAACCAGCCAAUGCUUCAUUUCCAUGACGGGGCCUAUAUAAUUUUCAGCAGAAACGUGUUAGGAUUGCCAAGGAAUAUUAGUUUCUGCUAUAUCGCCCUAAACUGUUCCUGCUACGGGAUGAUCAUGCUUCUACUGGUCUACCAUUUCGUAUAUCGCUACCUGGCAGUUUGUAAACCACACCGCCUGGAACUAUUCUCCUAUCCAUACUUCAAUAUUCUCAUUUUUAUUUUCCUUAUAGUAAGCGCAGAAUGGUGGAUUAGUGGCGUCUAUGCAGCCGGUGAAGAUCCAGAGGUAGAGGAUCACAUCAAGCAGACAAUGGCUGAGAACUACGGGCUUAGUCGUCUAGAUUACACCUAUGCCAGCUCUUUGUUUUAUAGAACAAAUUUUAUUACUGGCGAAGAAUACGUGAGUGUUCGGGAUUUCUUGUUUGUUGCGUCUCUCGCGGCGCAGAUUGGUACUGGAUUCUCUAUCAUAAUCUACUGUUGGCUGAAACUCCGCCGAGAGCUAAUUCGAUCGGCUCGGGAACUUCAACACAUAUCUCGAAGAACAUUCGAAAUGCAAAGACAACUAUUCCGAUCUCUGGUCGCUCAAACUCUGUUUCCUACGUUCCUCAUGUUUAUACCCGCUGGAAUUCUUCUUUGCUUCCCUAUUCUCAAAACAAACAUGGGGCCGAUCGAAGUAAUUUUAAUUCCACUAAUCACUACCCAACCGUUUAUGGACGCAAUUGUACCAAUGUAUUUCAUCAAAGCUUAUCGAAUGGCUGUUCUAGAUUUCUUUGGGAAAAAGAAAGGAAGGAGUACAUUGGUUUCGAGCUUGAAUGAUGAUAGAUCAGGAACUAAUUCUAGAGUUUUUUCCUUAAGACAUUGA